AUGGCCGUUGAAUGCGUCGACAGUUCCAUUUAUGUUAGCAAGAUUCUGUCAGAAAGAAGAAAGGUAAGCAUUGAAAUUUCUAUUUAAAAAAGCUACAUUUUUUGCGUCAUCUUUCCUGGAGAUGUGCAAAUUUGUUGCAUUUGUUCCUAAAAGUUCUCUUUUUACCAUUGCAGGCGAAAAAACCUUUGAUGGAAAAAAUGCGUCGAGCAAGAAUCAAUGACAGUUUGAAUGAACUUAAGAGCCUAGUUUUGGAUCUUCUUCAAAAAGAUGUAAGUAAAACAACUCUUUCAAUUUGAUAUUUAUAGAGCUUACAACAUUAUCAGCAUCAUCAUCAUGGAAUCUUUUGAUCCUUUAAAAAAAAAAAAACUUCACAUGAUGCUGCUGAGCACGCUAGUCGGGCAAAGCUGGAUUUAUGUAAAUCUGCCAUACUUCUCCUUGAUCAUGUUUUACAUGGACGCCUUGAGCUAAAUCAUGUUUGUUUGACUUUUUUAGGCUUCUCGCUAUUCUAAGAUGGAGAAAGCUGACGUUCUGGAGAUGACUGUUACGUACCUCAGAGCCAUGCAACGAAAGGACACGCGAACAGAAGGUGAGGUUUCGUGAAACAUUUUGCCUGUAGUUCAGUUUCGAGCGAGUUUAUAGCCACUUUGAGUACCUUAAUGAAAAUUCAAUUUGUAUCUAAUUAGCGAGGUGUAAAUGUUUGGUCGCAUGAAAUCGCUGGGGUUCUUUAACCUCCAUUGAUACGUAUUGAUGUACUUUUGAACUGAUCCCAAUAAAGACUUAAAUAUGUUGACAUUUGCUUUUCUUUGAAAAGUUCACGUUGAGAUUCUCUUUAUACUUAUAUUCAACUAGAGUAACGCCAAGUUUAAAGUUCCAGUGAUGGCGUCCACUUUAAAUUGAACGAGCUGAAAGCUUAACCAAGCGUUUUAUUUAUUUUCAGAUCCUAAAUCACUUGCUGACUACAGAGCAGGCUUCAACCAAUGCGCAAAUGAAGUCAACCGAAAUAUCCUGACAAGCGAAGGAAGCGACCAGCUCAGGGAAAAACUCUUGAAUCACUUGGCUUCAUGCUGCCAUGGUAACACCACGAACCGUGUCGCCACGAGCCACGCGCCAGGGAUUCCCGCCAUGACUCCAAGUUUUCCCGCCGUUGCGCCAAGCGCCGUGUGGACACCUUAUCCUUCACCACCACCAUCGCCGACAAACCAGUCGACAGUUUUCAUUCCUGUUAGUCCUUUAAAGCCAGAAAUGCACGCCUUACCAACGCUUAUCAGUCCAACGGCGGUUCAUGUGCAGAAAAUCGCUCUUUCGCCGGCAAGCUCACCUAUCGCGGCAACAAAAACACUGCUAUGGCGUCCAUGGUGA